GGCACCGAAUUGUUUAGCCGGUAGAUAGUCACAGAAUCAUCACGGCUGUGCGCAGUUCAGAGAAGCAAAAGCGGCUCUCCCUGGAUUGCAUCGUGCGGUUUAGAGAGCAAUACUUUCACGAUUGUACCUUUUAUUUUUUAUAGAACAAGAACGUAUACACUAAAACGACAACAUGAGUGAAAUCAACGUGAAAAAGCUCAAGGUAAACGAGUUGAAAGACGAGCUGAAGAAGCGCCAGCUCUCCGACAAGGGACUGAAGGCCGAGCUCAUGGAGCGGCUACAGGCCGCGAUCGAUGCAGAGGCCAAGGCUGAAGAAGCAGCAGCAGCAGAAGAAGAAACAGAGGAAAACGAGGCUGGCGGCAACGGUGUUACCAACGAACAAGAACACAUGGGAGAAGAAGAGCCAGAAGGCGAGAGCAUGGAAGCCGAGGAGCAAAAUGGCGACGUCGGUGAUGCCGCUGCAGUGGGUGAUGGUGAGGAGCUUGGUCAAGACGACGAAAUGGGCGAAGAGGAGGAGGAGGAGGACGCCGGGGUGGAAAUGGACAAAGCAAUUGAUGAUGAAGCGGAGGACGACGAUAUCCUAGACAAAAUCGACGAUGAAGAUGGUGAGCCAGAAUCCCAUACAGCAGAUGGGGAUGCGGACAAAGACAUCAGUGCUGAUCAGAAGAAUAAGAAGGGUGUUAAGAGACGCCGGGAGGAACAAGGAAGGGGCUACUUUGAAUAUAUUGAAGAAUGCAGAUACAGCCGGGUCAAGUCUCCCCUGCCACCUCUGGAGGAAGAGGAUGAAGAGUUUGAUGACACCCUGGCCUGCCUGGAUCCCUACAAUUGUGACCUGCAUUUCAAAGUGUCCAGGGACCGUUACAGUGCCUCCUCUCUUACAAUGGAGAGUUUCGCUUAUCUUUGGGCAGGUGGCCGUGCUUCUUAUGGUGUAAACAAAGGCAAAGCCUGCUUUGAAAUGAAGGUCACUGAGAAAAUUCCAGUCAAGCAUGUAAACAGCAAAGGCAUGGAUGUCCAUGAUGUCCAUAUCGGCUGGUCCCUGGCUAAUGGAAGUCUUUUAGUAGGUGAGGAGGAGUAUUCCUACUCCUAUUCAAGCAAAGGGAAGAAGACCACGAACUGCGUGACUGAAGACUACGGGGAGAGUUUUGAUGAAAAUGAUGUUAUUGGCUGCUUAAUUAAUUUUGAAGGAGCUGAAGUGGAGAUCUCAUUUUCCAAAAACGGGAAGGACCUUGGUGUGGCUUUCAAUAUCAAUAAGGAAUCUUUAGCUGGACAAACUCUCUUCCCCCAUGUUCUUUGCCACAACUGUGCGGUUGAGUUCAAUUUUGGUCAGAGCGAGACACCAUUCUUCCCCCAACCAGAAGGCUUCACCUUCCUGCAGCAAAUUCCUGUGGAUGUCCGCAUCAGAGGCCCAAAAGGACCUGAGACCAAGAAAGAUUGCGAGGUUAUUGUCAUGGUCGGUCUCCCUGGAUCUGGAAAGACUGCAUGGGUUAAGAAACACAUUGAAGAGAACCCUGGGAAGUACAACAUCCUUGGCACAAACACCAUCUUGGAGAAAAUGAUGAUUGGCAGCAUGAAGAGGCAAAACAAAGACACCGCAAAGCUCUCUGCCAUCUCCCAGCGAGCUCCUCUGUUCAUGGGCAAGUUCAUUGAAAUCGCUGCUCGCAAAAAGAGAAACUACAUCUUGGAUCAGACAAAUCUUUCUGCGCUGUCUCAGAGAAGGAAGAUGUGUCUUUUUGCUGGCUUCCAGCGCAAAGCUGUGAUUGUCUUCCCCACAGACGAUGCUUACAAGGAGAGGACACAGAAGAAAGUGGAAACAGAUGACAAAGACGUCCCUGAGUAUGUUGUUCUAAAAAUGAAAGCUAUCUACACAUUGCCAGAAGUGGGGGACUGCUUCUCAGAGGUCACCUAUGUGGAACUUCAAAAGGAAGAGGCCACCAAGCUCUUGGAGAAAUACAAGGAAGAGAGUAAGAAUGCUUUGCCGCCAGAGAAGAAAGUCAACCAGGGAUUAGUGACCCCCAAAAAGGGUGCUGUACGAGGCAAAGGGCCUAAGAAUCAGUUCAGUCGUGGAGGCAGUCCAGGCCCUCGUGGAGGCAGGGGUGGAUUCCACAGCCGUGGAAACUUCAGAGGAAUGCCAGUACCACGUGGUGGUGGUGGUUUUAACCGGCCCCCGCGUAGCUUCUUGCCACCACCACCUCCUGUCUUCCGAGGUGGAUUUCAUAGCCGAGGCAACUUCAACAGAGGUAGAGGUGGUGGGAUGCCUACCCGAGGAAUGGCUCCCAGACGUGGGAACAUGAGGGGUAACAUGGGAAACAGAGGUGGCGCAGUGAGCCGUGGAGGGCCAGGUAACAGAGGUCAUAUGAGCCGCGGUGGUGCCCCUAACCACAGAGGAAACUUCCAGCAGAAAUUCCGUGGUGGAGGAGGCCACCAGCAGAUCCGUGGUGGUUACAGCAACAAAAACGGAGAUUAUGCCCAAGCCUUUAACCAGAAUUGGCAGCAAGGGUUCUGGAAUCAGAAGCCAUGGAAUCAACAGUACAAUCCAGGAUAUUACUGAGUGGGCAUUUGUAUUAAAGACUGUUGGCCUCUGGCACGCUGAAAUGCACAGCCACAGAAUAACCAUCCACUUUUACUGUCCUAAUCUUUUUUUAAGGAAGUCCAUUUUUAAAUAAGAGAAGCAAAUGACAAACAUUCCAUCUCUGAAGUUAACAGUCUACGCUCUCCAUUGAUGUGUGAUGGCUUCACUCUUAUCAGGUUUUUGUAAAAUGUAUUUCCUCCCCCCAUUUAUUUUAUAUCACAACUUUGAUAGAUUGUUAUAUCAGGAAUCGCAGCAUUUCUCUUGUAAGAGGGAUGCUUUGAAUUUCAGGGUUGUGUGUUUUAUUCUGUAAAAUGUCAUUUUUACUAAAUGUAAAUUAUUGUUGUUACUUUGCAAGGUUUUUUUGUGUAAGAAUUGUUUAAGAAUCCCACAGAACCACAAUACAACUUUUUUUUUUUUUAAGCUUUUGUCAAUAAUCAUAUUCAUAAUUACGCAGCACCUCAGCCCUUUCAUGUACACUGAAGGUGUGAUAUUGUUGCUCUUUACAUUUUACAAAUCAAAUUCAUUUUCUUUAUUUUGUAAGCCCAGUCUGUAAUAGUUACACUUCAUAGGCUUGCAAUAAAUGGAUGAUUUGCUUUUCUGACUUUUAUGGCUCUUGACUGAUAUCUUUAUUAUUCCAAAGAGCCUUUGAAUGUCAGUCAGAUUUGUCUCUUGAUUCAGCCCUACCAGACUGCCAUUUUAAUUGUCUUCCUGUCUUGUAGGGCAAACGGGGUAAAUUUUAAAAUGGCUUUUAGUCCAAUUAUUUAGUAAAACUUUAUAAUGGGUUCAAAAACUUUUUUCUCAUUAAAGUGCAAGAAUGAAAAUAAAAAGCAUUGCAUGGUUUCAACGUAAA